AUGAACGAUCAAUCGAAGAUGAUGAUGAAUUUGAACCAGAUGAACCAGUCUCAGAUGAUGAAGAUGAAUCCGCCUCAGAUAAUUAACCAGUCGCAGUCUCAGUCUCAGAUGAUGAAGAUGAAUCCGCCUCAGAUUGUUAAUCAGUCUCAGUCUCAGUUUCAAGGAAUGAAUCAGCAAAUGAUGAACCAGAAUCUGCCUCCGAUGAUGAACCGUGGAGGAUACAAGGUUUGGUCUCAGCAGCUUCCUUUGGAUCCUAACAUGAAAUUUCAGAACCCUAAUUUGAAACCUAAUUUCGCUAAGCCGGGGCGAAGUAAUAAUAAUAAUAACAACUGGAAGGGAAAGAAGGUUAGCGGGGACAAGAGGAAAGAUAUUAGGAGAAUGGAAAAACCCAAUCAGAGUAAUUCUAGCAGUGUUGGUUACCAACCACCUACUCUUCAAGAGUUGCAAUCUCAGAAUCGUUUGAAAGCUCGUAAGUUCUAUCCUAAGAAGAAGUUUAAUGCUAGAUUUGCUCCUUUUGCGCCCAGGAAUACAACUUCGUUUAUUAUUCGUGCUAAGAAAUCAGGUGGUAUUGCAUCACUUGUGUCGCCUUGUCCUGUGACCCCGGCCGUGCUUCCUACUCCGAUAUUGUCUCCGUCGAGGGAGAUGUUGGGAGAUAUGGCGAAGGAAGAGUGGGGUGUUGAUGGAUAUGGGUCGAUGAAGGGUUUGAUUAGGCUUCGUGAUGUUCAUGAUGACGAAGAUGAAGAUGGUGGUGAUGGGUCAAGUGAGAGUGAUGUGGAGGAACAUGUGGAGGAACAUGUGGAGGUUGAGAGGAGGUUGGACCAUGAUUUGAGCCGGUUUGAGAUGAUAUACCCGAAUUACGGAGGUGGGGAUUAUAAUAAUGUCUUAGAGAAUAGGGUUGAUGAUCAGGAUUCUCAUAUUGCACAGUUGGAGGAAGAGAAUUUGACACUGAGGGAGCGUCUUUUCCUAAUGGAGAGGGAGUUGGGUGAUCUGCGAAGAAGGAUGCUGUUUCUGGAGAGGCAGAGCCAGAACCAGAUAGUGGAAGAUGUCAAUGAGGAAGUAGUGGAGAAUGUGUCUGAUAACGAAAGUGAUGGAGGAUCUGAUGUACCUGUUAUGGGAAUUGAGAACAAUGUUGAGAUGGUUGAUUCAAUGCUUGAAAGUGAGAGAAGUGAAAACGUUGAGGUCAAUGUUGCUGUUAAGUUAGACAAUGAGGGAGUAUCAGAAGCUGAAGGCGUAGAGGAUGUUUUUAUGGGAGAGUCUGUUCCUAGCGAGGUGGUUUCAAAUCAAGAUGAGAUCAAAGGUAUUGAAAUGGGAGGUGGCUUUGUGUUCGAUGUAGUGAAGGAAGAGAAGGAUGAGCAUAAGAAUGAAUUAGCCACACAACAUUGUGUAUCAGAUGAAUCUUUUGCCAAAGAAAAAGAUGGCGAGGAUCAUAAAGAGUGCGGCGAGAAUGAAAUGAUCGAUAGAAGUGAUGAAUCAAAUACCCAAGAAGCAACAGAUAAAGUGCAAAUUGCUUAA